GAAGUAUUUAGAGUAUGUUGGAUACGCUAUCCCGCUAUAACUAAUUUAUAGUGUUUGUUAGUUUGUUUUUAUUUUUCGAGGCUGAGGGUACCAGCAAUACCAGCAGUAUUGUAUUUAGAAGCAAAUAUUCUAAAAAAAAUGAAUUGCUCAUUGCUAAUUGCCACGGUGCCAACGGGCAAAAACUUAAAACAAUAUCUGACAACAUAAUGUCAGAAGUUCAGAUAUUGAAACUGCAGAACAAUCGCAUCGCCAAGCUGGACAACGGCAGCUUCGUCAUGUACCCGAAGAUCAAAGAGCUGCUGUUGUCGGACAAUAUGGUGCAAACGAUCAAACCCGGGUCACUGUCGGUGCUGGACAAGCUGGAGUUCGUGGACCUAUUGGGCAACGCGUUGCACGAGGUGCUGGCCGGUUGCCCAAGUCGCUGGUUAACUUGAACUUGAAUAUGAACCCGAUAAAGCGCAUGGACCAGCUAUCGCGCGCUGUCGGGCUGCAGGUUUUGAAACUGAGCAGCUGCAGCCUGGCCAAGUACCUGGCACUGGACGUGAUGCCCAGUCUGGUCGAGCUGGACGUGUCCGGCAAUGAGCUGCUGAACGACCUGGACCCGGUCACUGGCGGCCACGUGCCGGUUGUCCUGGCUCAAUGUUACAGGCUGCACCACGCUGUUCCAGCGACCCGAGUCCUGUUGCCGAUGCCUGAGUGCCGUUAAAUGGACGCGCAACCAUAAAAUCCAAGUGUUCGGUAUGCCGCCGUGUCUGGUCGCCAACCGGAACCGGAACCGCCUAACCUAACCGAGCCGUUCUAGUUGAAAUAGUCAUUAGAAUAUUCAACAUGGAUUAUUUUCUUUUAAUA